AGUGAUGAUGCACUGGUACUCAGUCSUCCUCAGAGCUUAUUUGUUGCAGUGGAUUGAUCAUUCAGCGAGCCUUCAUGGGCUCUAACUCAAACGUGGACAGAAAAGAGAAGCACACGCCUCUCAGCURAGCUGUUUGUUUAAUGGAAGAUGCUUUUGCAGAAGGAGAAGGCAAAGYGGCGAGAAGGUUAACCAGCUUGUUUUGCUCAAUCUCAGAAAAGUUGGAUCUGUGAGGGAUAAAAAAAAUGACAUCUCCUGGUGUCACGCCACAGAAACAUGGGGACCURAUCUACAUCUCCAUUGAGACGUUCAUUGCAGUGGCCUCUGUUUUGGGGAAUGUUCUGGUUGUGCUGGUGGUGUACGUGAACCGGGCUCUACGCAACACCACCUUCAUCUUCAUCGUGUCCCUGGCUGUGGCGGACAUCGCCGUGGGAGCUUUGGUCAUCCCCGCGGCCAUCGUCAUCAAUAUGGAAUUCAGGACUCAGUUCUUCACCUGCCUCAUCCUCUCCUGCCUGCUGCUGAGCAUCACCCAGAGCUCCAUCCUGUCCCUGCUGGCAAUAGCCAUCGACCGAUUCCUGCGCAUCAAGAUUCCCACAAAGUACAGCAUCAUAAUGACCCCGGGGAGGGCAUGCGUGGUGGUCUGUCUGUGUUGGAUACUCUCCUUCCUCAGUGGAUUGCUUCCAAUGAUCGGCUGGAAUAACCUCAACAGUGGAAAUCUAACCGGCUCCAGUGAGAUAGUCUGCGUGUUCACGAAUGUGAUUCGGCUGGACUACAUGGUGUACUUUAACUUCUUUGGCUGGGUGGUGGUCCCGCUGAUUAUAAUGAUCAUUCUGUAUGGGGAGAUCUUCCGACUGAUCCGAAAGCAGCUUAAUCGCCGUGCCGAGGCCACUUGUGACGGAGAAAGGUAUUUCCGUAAGGAACUGAAGCUGGCCAAGUCCCUGGCCUUGGUGCUCUUUCUUUUCAUUCUGUGCUGGUUGCCAAUACACAUCAUCAACUGCAUUAAUUUGUUCUGYGCAGAGUGUAAAAUCCCAAAACUUGCUUUAAAUACAGGAAUUUUCAUGUCACAUGUGAACUCAGCCAUCAACCCGAUGGUUUACGCGUUCAGGAUAAAGCGUUUCCGCCUCACAUUGGUCCAAAUACUCCGUCGCUGCGUGUUGUGCAGGCAGAUGGAGCCCACCCCRUGCCCCACCAGCACCUGUGCACCUGAAAAAACGGAUGUGAAUCUUUAACAUWGAUUGCAACAUUUCAUUCUUUGAUGUAGUCCCAGUGGGGUUACACCAAUAAAAACUAAGAGAUGAUUAUGAACCACUGGAGACGGAUCCAUUAAAAGAAACAGAGCACUUAAUGAGUUGGUGGACAUGUUUGCUUGUGAUACAGUCACAUGUUUUUGAWUGUC